CUCUACAGAAAUUGGUCAGUAUUAGGGUUUUUGUUUAUUGAGAGAACAAAACUCUCCGGCACACAAUUCGAAAUACAAAUACAUAUUAAAAGAGAGAACGUGAAUUUUUAUCGGUUCGUUUAAGGUAAUCUUAUCGCGCACUCGACGGUGAAUCAGUCGUGUAUUUGAUCUGAAACAGUUUGGUAGUAUGAAAGCAUUUGCGGCACUUUUGGUGCUGCUCAUUUGCAACAAUUGGCAACAGUUGCAUGGGGCAAGAAUUCUUUGCUUGAUUGCCACACCGGAACACAACAAUCCCAGCUGGACGCAGCCAUUCUUCGAGGCACUCGCAGAACGAGGCCACCUUUUGACUGUUGUAAGCACAUUGGCCGAUCCAUCUAUUCCGGGCAUAACCCACAUUCCGGUGUCUAACGAUUACGAUGUGAUCAAGAAGCAUUAUGUGAACGAAAUGGGCUAUUACAAUAAUUACUGGGACAUAAAGCAGGUGCUAAUCUGGUAUGAGGCAUUGCUAGGCACCUGUCAGUCAGCAGCUGAGAUCGAUUUGGUAAAAAUGCUUGAGAAAGUCAAACACAAAUAUGAUUUGAUUAUCUAUGAUGCCACCUAUUCCAUGGAGUGUCUGUUGUCCAAGUUUCCCAAAUUUCGCAAAGUACCAGUGCUGGCCUUGAGUGGCGGCAAACUAACCACAGAUUUGAUGCAUUUAGUUCAGGCUGAGAACACAAUUAAUCCAGCAACAAUUCCUCAUUUCAUCAGCCAUCUGCCGAGGGAAAUGAGCCACUGGCAACGUAUACAGAAUCAUGUCCUGUACCUAACUGAAUCCUUCAUUCGUUGGGCAGUGGUUAAGCCAGUUUUAAACGGCAUUCAUAAACAUGAGUAUGCCAGUCCAGAGGUUCAGCUGGUGCUGCUUAAUACGCAUCCAGUACUGGAUCAUGUGCAAAAUAUACCACCAAAUGUCAUUGAAGUUGGUGGCCUGCACAUUCGAGCCGAGUCGGAACCAUUGUCAUUCAGCACACAGGAAUUUUUGGAGAGGUCCUCCGAGGGUAUUAUCUACAUUAAUCUACCGCAUAUUGAUCUCAUGUAUGGCGUCGGCCUGAGGGCCAUUGAAAAUAUGGUCAGAGAGUACCGUCAGUUUGGUUUUCUCUGGAAUGUGAAUAAUGUGAAGGAUCCGACACUAUCCAAGAAUUUCCACAAUUUAAGAACUAUAAACGUUCGGGAUAAUAUGCAACAGAACAUCUUGGCUCAGUCCAAUAUUAAGGCAUUUCUGACGCAUGGCGAUAACUUUGGUCUUCAGGAGGCAAUCUACAAUGCAGUGCCGGUAAUUGUGUUGCCCUUGCUAAUGGAUCAGUUUAAUAAUGCACAACGCGUCAAGGAACGUGAUCUGGGAAUUCAGAUAUCAGUUGGUGACUUCAGUGUAGACAGCCUCUCUGAAGCUCUCAAGCAAAUAGUACGUGAUAAGGUCUAUUCGAAGGCAUUGCAUCAGGCACAGUUUAAUUUCCGCACACGCCAAGUGAAACCCGUCGAUCAGGCGGUUUGGUAUGCAGAGCAAUUGAUUGGCCAGCCGAAGUUGUUUGAGCAUUUGUCGGUGCCCAAAUCUCUUGAGUAUGGCUACUUUAUUACUCAAUCGCUGGAGGUCUUGGUUUAUCCACUUCUGUUCAUCAUCAUCUUCAUAAUCAAUUUUAUCCUUCUGAUUUGGAACUGUAAGUCUGGCAAAAAGAAGACAAAGCAACAUCAAAUCGCAAAAAAAUUAAAGAGGAAAAUGCGCUCAGAUGGGACUGAAAAUGAACUGAAAAAAGAUUAGAGAUAGGAUUAGUAAAGAUUAAAUAAAAUAAUUAAGCAACAACAAAUUGAAAAAUAA